AUGUGCUUCCUGCUCUCGACGUUUGUGGCCAGCCAGGCCUUCCAAUGCAUGUCCUCCUCAAACUGUUGUGAAGAGACGACACUCAAUGAAGUCGUGAAGAAGCUCACCGCCCAUUCCUCCCAGUCCACCCAGUCCACCCAGUCUGCCCGUUCCUCCCGGUCCGCGUCUUCCUCUGACGACUGCCGCUCGAUUCCUGGUGUAAAGAACAUGGCCUCCAGUUCUCCUUGGCGAUAUGUGGAAGACAUCCAGGAGUCCCGCUACCCUCGACUCCUCUGGAAAGCUCAGUGUAUCUGCCAAAAUUCCUGCGUCUCCUUGAGGCACCCUGUGGAAAAUGCCACCCAAAAGAGCUUCGUCCAUAAGGAGGAAAACGGGGUGUCUGUCCAGAUCUUUGCCGACACAACGGUCUACUAUCGGAGGCCUUGUGCGAAUGUCAACAAGUCCUUCUACCUUGAGCGGCAGAAAUAUCCUUUGCCUGUGGCCUGCACCUGUGUGGCUAUACCGUGAGGCUUCGAAGCGGGAAGGGGAUCCCCAGAGCAAAACUGUGGAAUGGAUUCAAAGGGAGGGAGCCUCUGAACACGUGCAGAGUUCAUUUCCCUCACAGGCUGCCACCCGCAUGUCCACCCACAGGACCUGGGUACACCAGAACCUCGCUGUCUCUUUGCUCAAUUCUAACUUCAGAAUUAAUUGCAGUGAAAAGGAAAAGCUCCCUCAACUGACCGGUUGAAAUCGGAUUCAAAUCUUUGGCUUCCCCCAAAGGUCGCUGAGGACCAGCUGGAAGAGCAUCAAUAAGGAACAGGGAUCGGGGAUGGCGUUUCUGGCGCUGUUGCAGAAUCCCAGCCCCCUCUGGGCCCUUUGGGGGGCUGUCAGGAUAGUGUAUCCUAGAGAUGGUUGGGCUUUGUAGUGUAGACCAUGCAGGGAGAAAGCGAAAGGGCUUGUUCUAACACACUCAAAUAUAUCAAUUGGGGAAUAUUGGAUUCUAUUACCAAUAAACACAGAUUAAGUAAAUCCCUUUCUCUCUCUUACUGCAGUUUCCCCACUCUGCCAAAAGUUGGGAGUCAACUUUUUCUCCUUCAAACGCUCCUCUGCCUUCUAACGUGUGCUUAGCUGUGAAUUUUCUGUUAGAAGUAGAGGAGCAUUCGCAAGGGGGAAAAGUUGGCCACCCACUAAAUAUCGCUACAUCUGGCCGGAUACUUCUAAAGACAUAGGAGCUGAGUUCACAGAAAAAGCUGGCAACUCUAAGUGACAUUAGAGAGUAAAGUUAGCGAGAGGCAAAGGAAAUGGCAAGGGGGGAAAUGUUCAGGCAUGAAUUGUUGCAGGAGCAACUUGUUACAGAAGAAUAUCCCCUGAUAAGCCUUGCCCUCCCCGAUCCUGGCUUGUGUGUGUGACCCCCUGCUCAUCCCCAUAGCUAGCAAUGCCCACAUUUAUAGGUCAGGAUCAUUUCUCAACUAUUUGAAUGCUUGCACUAAAAUCCGCUGUCUCUUGUCUGCUGUCUCAAAGAAACUUAACCAUCUUGCCUUAUUUUUUUAAAAAAAAUUCAAUAAAACAUUCUAAAGAAA